UGUGUGUGUGUCUGUGUGUGUGUGUCCCCUUUGAGGAGCGCCGUCAUGGAAACGCAGGCAGGAAAUCAGCUCUGCCAGAAUCCACAUUCCUGGGAUACUCAUUAAAACAUUUUUUAAUAAAAGAAACGUGCUGGUGGAAAUAAGAGUCGACUGGAGAGAUACACUUACACACCCUGGGAUCAUCUCUUUGUAUUCAACCUGGUGGAUUUUUUUUUAACAUAGCAAUUCCUUAUUGUUGGUGGAUCUAUUUCAUUUUUGUCGGUUUUUUUUUACGCCUUGCUCUGAAUGGCUUGAGGACGUUUGCAGGCUGUCUGUAAGACUCAGUGAUGUCCAGGAGCUUUGUUUACUCCUUCAUAGCAGUAUUGAGGAUAUGAUUUAAAUAUUAAAACAAUCCCUAAACAAGGAGAAAGAAAGGAGAAAACGAGAUAUGCACACCAUUUCUUCUUUCUUUCUCCAUGUCUCGCAGAAUGAGCGGAGGAGGAUUUGCGGCUCUGGUUUGCGAUUAUUUAUAGGAAAUCAUUCCUUCAGAAUGAAAAUGAGUGUCGUUGCAUUUAGCUAAACUCUUCUGGAGGGUGUGGAAAUCGUAGAAAACAGGAGAGAGCUUCAGGAAAACGGAUUUUCUUCUGGUUUUUGGAUGGAGAAAAUGGAGAGCGAGGUGUUCACGCCUCAGCUUGAGCAGUUUCUGCUCACUCCUCUGGUGGCUUGGGUGAAAACGGUGGUCCAGCCAAAGCCAAGCGACCACAGCAGUCUUUCUCUGUACAUGGAGUUAGUGGAUGGUUCCUACCUCAAUGAGGUCAUGCUGAGGAUAAAUCCAAAAGCUUCCAGCCAGAGAGUGAACAAGAAAGUGAACAAUGAUGCAGUGUUGCGUGUACAGAAUCUCUCCAUCCUCAUACGCCACAUCAAAACAUACUAUCAGGAGACCCUGCAGCAGCUGGUGAUGAUGCCUCUGCCCAACGUGCUGGUGCUCGGCAGAACUCCGCUCACUGAACAAGGCCUGGCUGAGGUGAAGAAGCUGCUCUUGCUGUUGCUCGGGUGUGCUGUUCAGUGCGAGGAAAAGGAGGAGUACAUCGAGAGGAUCCAGACGCUGGAUUUUGAAACGAAGGCAGCCAUCGCGUCUCACAUUCAGGAGGUCACCCACAAUCAGGAGAAUGUUCUGGACCUGCAGUGGCUGGAGGGGGGAGAAUCUCCACCUGAGGACCUGGACUCGCUCUCCAGAAACCUGGCCUUCCAUCUCAGACGCCUGGUGGACGAGAGAGACGAGCAGCUGGAGACGAUCGUAGAGCUGACCCAGGAGAGAGAUUGUGGCCAGUGUCCACCUCCUCCUCCUCCGCCCUGUGCCCAGUCUCCCAGCGAUUCGCCCAGCAUGCGGCGCACCGAGAGCAGGCAGCACCUCAGCGUCGAGCUGGCAGACGCCAAGGCCAAGAUCCGACGCCUCCGCCAGGAGCUAGAAGAGAAAAGUGAGCAGUUGCUGGACUGCAGGCAGGAACUGGAGAACCUGGAGAAAGAGCUGAAGAGGAUUCAGCAGGAGAACCUCCAGUUGCUGUCUGACGCACGCUCUGCGAGGGCCUACCGUGAUGAGCUGGACGCUCUGAGAGAGAAGGCCAUCCGAGUGGACAAGCUGGAGAGCGAAGUGGGCCGUUAUAAAGAGAGGCUCCACGACAUCGAGUUUUACAAAGCUAGAGUCGAGGAGCUUAAAGAGGACAAUCAGAUCCUGCUGGAGACGAAGAGCAUGUUGGAGGACCAGCUGGAAGGCUCCAGGGCUCGUUCAGACAAACUGCACGAGCUCGAGAAGGAGAAUCUGCAGUUCAAAGCCAAAAUCCAUGACAUGGAGAUGGAGCGAGACAUGGACAGGAAGCGUAUAGAGGAGCUGCUGGAGGAGAACCUGACACUAGAGAUGGCUCAGAAACAGAGCAUGGACGAGUCUCUGCACCUCGGAUGGGAGCUGGAGCAGCUUUCCAAAACCACACCCGAGGUCACUGAGGUUCCUCAGAAGUCUCUGGGCCACGAGGUCAAUGAGCUGACCUCCAGCCGCCUCCUGAAGCUGGAGAUGGAGAACCAGGCGCUGCUGAAGACCGUGGAGGAGCUGAAGGGCCACGGCGAGGUCGGCACGCGCCUCCUCAAGGCUGAAAAGGAAAACCUGCGACUCAGCCAGAAGCUGGAGCAGCUGGAGAACGAAGUGCAGUCGGACAGAGAGAGUCUGCGCAGUGCCGAGACCCUGAGCUCAGACCUGAUGAAGGAGAAAGCUCAGCUGCAGAAAACCCUGGAGACUCUGAGGGAGAACUCGGAGAGACAGGUGAAGGGGUUGGAGCAGGAGAACGAGCACUUAAACCAGACCAUCACGUCCCUCAGGCAGCGCUCUCAGGUCAGCGCCGAAGCCAGGGUCAAAGACAUAGAGAAGGAGAACCGCGUCCUCCACGAGUCCAUCAAAGAGACCAGCGGCAAACUCAACAAGCUCGAGUUCGAGCGCAAGCAGCUCCGCAAAGACCUGGAGUGCUACAAGGAGAAAGGCGAGAAGGCGGAGGAGUUCGAGGCGGAGGUCCAGCGCUUGGAGCGUGAGAACGAGGGUCUGCAGAAACGGGUGGCGAGCCUCGGGAUCACCUGCGAGAAGGUGGACGCCUUGGAAAAGGAGAACGCUGAGCUGGAGGCGGAGAGCAGAAGGUUGAAGAAGAGGAUUGAUGGAUUGAGGAACGCGUCCCUGCAGCUGGAAGCAUUAGAGAAGGAGAACACCCAGCUGGAAGAGGAGAACCUGGAACUGCGGCGUACCACCGAGAGUCUGAGGUCCGCAGGAGCCAAAGCUGCUCGUCUGGAGCAGGAGAACCGAGAGCUGGAGAGCGAGAAGAAUCAGAUGCAGAGAAACCUGGAGCUGCUAAAAGCUUCGUCCAAGAAAACCGAACGCCUGGAGCUCAGCUACCAAGGUCUGGACUCGGAGAACCAGCGGCUCCAGAAGGCCCUGGAGAACAGCGGGCGUAAAAUCCAACAGCUGGAAGGAGAGCUCCGGGACCUGGAGAGCGAGAACCAGAGCCUGCAGAGGAGCCUGGAGGAGCUGAAGAUCUCCAGCAAGCGUCUGGAGCAGCUGGAACAGGAGAAUAAAGUGCUGGAGCAGGAGAGCUCGCAGCUGGAGAAAGACAAGAAGCAGCUGGAGAAGGAGAACAAGCGGCUGCGGCAGCAGGCUGAGAUCAGAGACUCUAAACUGGACGACGACAGUCAGAGAAUCUCGCAGCUUGAGAAGGAAAACCGCACACUGAGCAAGGAAGUGAGCACCCUGAGCGAUUCCUGUACCCGAGUCAAAGAUCUCGAGAGGGACAACAAGGAGCUGGUGAAGCAGGCCACGAUCGACAAGAAGACACUGGUCACGCUGAGAGAGGAGCUGGUGAGUGAGAAACUGAAGAGUCAGCAGAUUAACAACGAUCUGGAAAAACUGACUCACGAGCUGGAGAAGAUGGGCCUGAAUAAAGAAGGGCUGCUGCAUGAUGAACAGAGCUCUGCUGCAAGGUUCAAGCUGCUGGAGUCGAAGCUGGAGUCGACGCUGAAGUCCUCGCUGGAGAUUAAAGAGGAGAAGAUCGCUGCCCUGGAGGCCAGACUACAGGAGUCCUCCAACCUUAACCAGCAGCUCCGACAGGAACUCAAAACAGUGAAGAAGAACUACGAGGCUCUUCGUCAGAGGGAAGAGGAGGAGCGCAUGGUGCACAGCUCGCCCUCUAGAGGAGGGGAGGACUCGCAGAGCGUCAGUAAGUGGGAGAAGGAGAGUCACGAGGCCACUCGAGAGCUACUGAAGGUCAAAGACCGACUCAUAGAGGUGGAGAGGAACAAUGCCACUCUUCAGGCGGAGAAGCAGGCGCUGCGUACGCAGCUGAAGCAGCUGGAGACUCAGAGCAGUAACCUCCAGGCUCAGAUCCUCGCUCUGCAGAGACAGGCCGCCUCGCUGCAGGAGAACAACACCACCCUGCAGACUCAGAACGCUAAACUACAGGUGGAGAACUCGACACUGAACUCUCAGAGCGCGGCGCUCGUAGCCCAGAACGCUCAGCUCCAGAGUCAGCAGUGCAGCGCCGAGAGUGAGCGAGACGGCGCUGUGCGGGAGCGCGAGGACCUCCGAUCCACCUACGAGCUGCUGCUGAGGGACCACGAGAAGCUCGCAGCUCUGCACGAGCGCCAGGCAGCCGAGUACGAGGCCCUGAUCGGCAAACACGGGGGUCUGAAGAGCGCACACAAGAGCCUGGAGGUGCAGCACCGAGACCUGGAGGACAGGUAUAACCAGCUGCUGAAGCAGAAGGCACAGCUGGAGGAGCUGGAGAAGGUUUUGAAGGCUGAGCAGGAGAAGAUGCUGUCGGAGAACCAGAGGCACCAGGCCACAGCGGCCGAGUAUCACAAACUGAAGGAAGAAAACGACAAGUUGAACACUACGUACCAGCAGCUGCUGAAAGAUAACGAGGGUCUGCAAGCCGACCACAAGAACCUGAAGAGCCAGCUGAACGCCGCUAAACUGGAGCAGACGCGCCUGGAGGCCGAGUUCUCCAAGCUGAAGGAGCAGUACCAACAGCUGGAUAUCACCUCCACCAAACUCACCAACCAGUGCGAGCUGCUGAGCCAGCUGAAAGGGAAUCUGGAGGAGGAGAACCGACACCUGCUGGACCAGAUCCAGACCCUGAUGCUGCAGAACCGAACCCUGCUGGAGCAGACCAUGGAGAGCAAAGACCUCUUCCAUGUCGAGCAGAGACAGUACAUAGACAAACUAAACGAGUUGAGGAGACAGAAGGAGAAGUUGGAGGAGAAGAUCAUGGAUCAGUACAAAUUCUACGACCCCUCACCCCCCAGGAGAAGGGGCAACUGGAUCACGCUGAAGAUGAAGAAGCUGAUCAAGCCGAAGAGCCGCGAGCGAAUGCGUUCCCUCACCCUCACGCCCUGCCGCUCGGAGUCGAGCGACGGCUUCCUGGUGGCUCCUCAGGACAGUCAGGACAGCUCGUCCAUGGGCUCCGGGUCACUCGACGACCCUCUGAGUCAAAAGAGGAGCGGCAGGAGGAGAGCACAGCACAGCAAUGUGCAAGGUUCCUCCAAUGCACUGAAAAAGCUGCCCUUUAUGAGGAACAGGUCCAAGGACAAAGACAAAGAGAAGGCCAGCUACCGGCGCUCCAUGUCAAUGAAUGAUCUGCUGCAGUCCAUGGCGCUGGCCGGAGCUGGUCAGUGGAGUGGCAGUACAGAUCACCUGGAGGCCCCUGAGGACCCGGUGUCUGCAGGUGGGAGCCAGCGAAUGAAGGAGCUUGCGUACUCCACCACAGCCAUCAACUACACCACCCUCAGCAGCAAGCAAAAGCUCAAGAACAAAGAUAAUGUCUCCUGUGAGGACGUCACUCCCACCUCGUCAGACGAGCAGAGUGCAGUUCGAAGCCAAGGACUGCAGCUCUCUUCCCCAGAUCCUGCUUUAUCCUCCAGGUGCAGAGUCGCCUGUAAAAUCUGUAGUGCGGUGAACGGCAGCGUGAGCAGACCGCACAGCGAGAGCAGUGGAGAGUUCAGCCUCAGUCUGGAUGCUGAGGUGUGGUCGAGCGAGAGCAGCCCGGUUCAGAGAUCAUCUCAACACAACCAGAGGAGGAGGAGCAGCUCUCACGCCAACGAGUCUGGCAGCCAGGACAAUCUGAGCGCAGAAUCUCCACGUCUAUCCAGAGCGUCCGAUCCUGUGCAGAAGGAGCGCACUAAAGGGAGGGGCAUCCUGCGGUCUGCCAGCGGGAAGGCCACGCCCACCGAGCACCGAGCAGGCCGACCGACUCUGCGUAAGGCCGAGAGCACUCGGGUGAAGGGCCCUAGUCAGCCCAGAUUAGGCCUGAGUGCUCAGGCAAAAGCAACAUCUGUGUGCGAGCGCCUGGACGCCUCGUCCUCUUCCGCCGGUCUGCCUCGUGCCAGCAGUGUCAUCUCCACGGCCGAGGGCAGCACGCGCCGCUCCAGUGUCCACGACAUGCUGGCCAAGGACGCACGUGAACCCGUCUCUGUGGAUCCGUCGCCCUCGAAGAGUCAGGCUGCAUCCAAUGUGGAAACGUCACGCGAACGCAGGAAAUCUAAAAGCCGAUCUGGAGAGCAGCAAAUCUCCUAAAGUGUUAGCGUUUUCCCGAGCCGGAGGGGUGAGUGUCCGGGUGCAGGAAGUGGGGGGAGGGGACGAGGGCGAACAGAUGUCCGAGCUGCACCGUGGAGCUCGGGGUUGAUGAUGGAUCCUGGUCUGCAUGGUUCACUGAGGGUGGAGAUGACAUUCCCGCUUGCAUUCCCUGUUUAUUCCCCCUCUCUUUCUCGACCCCACUGUUCCUCCAUCUCAGUGCUUCAGUACUGCAUGCUGUUCUGACACCAUAGCUGGAAGCUCCUCGUGUAUAAAAGUCAUCACCUCUGGUUUUCUUCUGCGCUUCUCUCUUCACCGCUUCCUCCCACAGAACCUUUGACGUGACCUUUUAAAAGGAGAUCUACACCCACGUCCACGUCCACAAAAGAUGCUUCUGUAUUAAAACAAAUCUUGUUUCCUUGAAUCAAGGAAAUGCAAGAGUUUCAAAGUAUUGCUGUUUUUUUUUUUGACCAAGUUGACUUUUUUUUUCUUUUUUUUCUUUCAAAAUCCUGUGUGACUCUCAAUCAUCUGCUGGUGGACUUUUCUUUCUCUUACGCCUGCAUGUGACGCUGCGUCCAAAUCCAGACGCAAUCCAACCACAUUGAGUCAACAACAUCCUGCUUCCCAACUCACCCGAGUGGAACAACGUGGACAAGAAAUACGAAGCACAAGGACAGAAAAGACUGAGCGUGUGUGUGUGUGUGUGUGUGUGUGUGUGUGUGUGUGUGUGUGUGUGUGUGUGUGUGUGUGUGUGUGUGUGUGUAGGACUACUGACACCAUUCAGACCUGCCAUAGACUUCCUUUUCCACUUUUACAUAAAUGCAUCUGAUGUGAGAAAACAAAAGUGUGUGUGUUAUUUUACACCAGAAGCCCACAUUUUCAACCCACACCUUUAACGCUCUUGAAAUGCAAAACUGAUUACUGUAAACGUUCCAAAAUACAGCCGCUUACUGACACUGUUUUGCUCUUCUGUACCUUCAUUUGCCUCAGACCACACUGGCAGCUUUACUUUUUGUACUAGCACAUGGUUUUUAAAAAAAAAAAAAAAAAAAGGUUAAGCGUUUUUUUUUGUUUUUUGUUUUUUUUUUUCCCUGGUCGUCCAGUAAGUUCUGCCACAAUGCUCUCAAAUUAAAAUAUUACGUUCAUAUCACAAAUUAAACAUAAUGCAUUCUUCCUCAUUCUCAACCACCUUCAUUCACUUUCCUUUCCUCCAUACUUGAAGAAAUCACAUGGAUCAGGACUGAGAUUGAGCUCUGUGUCAUGCUGUUAUAGGAAAAUAAUCAACGACAGCGCGGUGUGAUGAAGCCGUGUUACUUUUGCCACACUGAAGUUUAUUAUUUUCCUAGAACAGCACGUCCUGAAGUGUUUUAUUCCACUUAUACAACAGCGAUUUUCCAACGAUUGCAAUUUUUAAUGUAUUAAAAAACAGUAAGUCAUGUGUUUUCUCCAUUUAUAGUUGCAUUUAAUGUUGUGGUACAUCCACGAAACAAGUUAUCACUUGCUAUAGCAGCUAUAACCAGUUCAACAGAUCUAUUAAGACAAAAAAAAAAAGUGGCUUGUUGUUUUUUUUGUUACUGAGAAAC